UCGGGGAUUACCCGUCAUGCCCCGCAGCUAAAGAUGGCGGAGUGAGAGCAGCUCGGCAGACGAACUUUGUUUGGAUUCGUGGAACCGGUUUCGGAACGCGGCUGAGACCAGCGUUUUGUUCCGGAUUCGUGCCUUUGUUCCGGCCUCGGCUCGGCUCGGUGGGAAGCUUUAGCUGAACUUUCCUUCUCGCGCUGUUUUUCGGACAUGAGCCGAACCAGGCCCCGCUGACCCAGUGACCUGGUGGCGGAGCAACAUGCUGACGUGUCUUUAAAAGGCCUCUUUGAUCAGGUGCCCCCAGGGAGUGACAUUCUGGAUUGCACGUGUGGGUACUUUCUUCAGGAUUCACUGUUGCUUGUGUUUCAGGUUUCUGUGUCUGGAAGAGUCUGUAUAUCGUCUGCUGCACACAGGAUGAAGACAUUUAUCUGCUGACAUUUUCAGGGCUGACGGACAGCAGCUGCAGUAGGAAGGAAGCAGAGAAGGAAGGGAGGGGAUCUCAGGAUGAUGAACUCUGCCCCAGCCAGGAAGCCCUAUCGCAAGGCUCCACCACAGCACCGCGAGACACGACACUCUCUGCCUGCUGCCCCGCCCCCACCAGUGCCACAGCCUGAUGUCAACCAGGAGGCCUUAUCAGACUCGGACAGGAUCAGAAUCCUCCAGCAGCAGAAUGAGGACCUGCAGCACCGCCUGGUGCUCUCCACCCACAAAAUGGAGACCAUGGAGGCGGAGUUUGAUGGGAGCCGCCACUACAUGGAAACUGAGCUUAGUCGGACCAGAGAUGACCUGGAAAAGAUGAGGGAUAAGUUCCGCAGGCUCCAGAACAGUUACACUGCAUCUCAGCGAGCCAAUCAAGAUCUGGAGGAGAAGCUCCAUGCCCUGCUUCGGCGGGUGGAGCGGGACAAAAAGACCAUGGACCAGGAGAUGGUGGAGCUCACCAACAAGCUGCUGGAUGCCAAAAACACCAUCAACCAUCUGGAGGAGCUGAAUGAGCGUUACAGGUUGGACUGUAACUUGGCUGUCCAACUGCUGAAAUGCAACAAAUCUCACUUCAGGAACCACAAGUUUGCUGAUUUGCCGUCUGAGCUGCAGGACAUGCUGAACAAGCAUAUGAAGAGCAGUCUGCCUGAGCCUGGCCCCGCCGCCGCCACCUCCCAAGACCCUGACACGCUCAGCCUGACACCCGCUGAUGUCGUGCCUACUUCAGUCAUUGCCCGAGUCUUGGAGAAACCUGAGCCGUUGGUCCUCAACUCAGCCCAAUCCAGCAGCUGUGGCCAUCCUGUUGCAGAGGACGUCUUCAUACAUGUGGACAUGACGAGUCCUGUGGCCACUGAGGGGCGGGGCAAGACCAACAGCACACAAGAAGCAGCACAGACGAAUGGCUCCUGUCACACCCAGAGCAGCCUGGACGCUCAGCAGGGAGGGAAAGAAAUGAGUGGUGCACCAUCCUUUGACAAGCUAAACCCCUACCCACCGCCACCACCCCCCCACCCCCUCUACCCCGGUCGCAAGGUCAUUGAGUUCUCCUCUGAUGAUAAAGUCAAGAUUCCUAAGAACAGUCCACUGCCUAACUGCACCUAUGCCACGCGGCAGGCCAUCUCACUCAGCCUGGUACAGAACGAUGACGAGUCCCUCGCACCUGGAAGCCCUGCUCCGUCUUCCUCCUCAGGAGGCAUCAGCCAGCGUACACCACUGUCCCACUAUGACGCCAUCACUGGGACGCAGUCCAGCCAGUCCAGUCCAUUCAGCAGCCCACCUCAGGCACCCAGCAUACUGGCGAGCUCUGGCAGCUCAGAGGAAGACCUACUUGCCAACUGGCAGCGGAUGUUUGUGGAGAAGAUGGCUCCAUCGUGUGAAACCUCCCUGGUUCACCGCACCUCCUUCAACAACCAGACGGCCCAGGAGCUGCAGAGGAGGUGCAAGCCGGUGGGGGGCGGGGCCUCCUUGUCCUCCGAUCACCACCGGGCAGCGUACUCUGACGGGGAGGAGGGUUCGUCUGCGCAGAGCUGGACACCGAGCCACGGCUCCAGCCUAGACACAGACACCGACACAGAGAUGCACCUCGGUAGACGGGGGCCCUACAGCAGGGACGAGGAGGACGCUGACAGGCUGCUGAUGAACCUGGAUGACGACUGCGGCAGCGGGGACACUGCUGUUACUAUGGCAACUGGUCCUGCGGACUGUCACAGGAAUGAGGCGGCAGAGAGCUCGGCCGAGGAGAAGGAUGAACUUCCAAGGGACCUACCCAUCAUCUCGCCCCACCUCUUAGACUUUGAUCCCACCUCCUCUGGCACACAGCGACCCCAGAAAAGCCUGAAGAGGAUGGGUGUGCACCACCUGCACCGCAAGGACAGCCUGACCCGAGCCCAGGAGCAAGGCACGCUGCUGGACUAAUGCUCGGCCGUCCACACUGUGCUCCAUCAGCCACUGUCUGUUUCCGUGAUGACUGAGCCGUCCAUCAGGAUGUCAGAGGUCACACCCACCCAGGAAAUAGCCAUACUGUACCAUAUGCUGCCCC